AUGUUUUGUAAGUAGAGAGAACACUAUAUGCGAGCUCGCUGAAAAAUCGUAAACAGUCGGCUUUUGCGGCGGAAUCCGCAAAUUAGAUUUGUCUCGGAAACGCUUUGAAUGGCUCGUCGACUGACAGGUAUAGCAUGUAAUCAUUGCACAUAGUACAGCAGCUACAGGACGAGCCGCAUUCCUCUUUGGCAUUUAAAUGUUAGGAUAGGUUAUUAAUUAGAGCCUCUCCACGCACACAUAUCACUGAGAGCUAGAGUGUACAUGAACGAGUGCUCGCAUAUCUCCGACGACUCCGACACGGCAGCAGUCUGCGAGUGGCGCAAGCAGUGUGAGAAGCCAUCGUAUAGGGGCGUAUAAUUGCUGUCAAAAAUGGAAUGUCUUUAGAACGCCUGGACCCGAAGACGAAGAGUUUUUUAGAGCUAAAAGUGAAUAGUGGAUCCUGCGAGUUUUCAUGGUUUUCGUCGUUUACGCCAGGCGGCUUAACGAGACCGGAGCCCAUAACGUAACCGUUUUGAAGAGCGGCCCGUGACAUGAUAUCACCGUAUCUCUUCCCGUGCGUUUAAUCAAAUCAACGCCUGCUAAGUGCUGACAUUCGACAUUGGGAUAAAGAGCUUUUUUUACCAGAGUCUGCCUUCUAAUCAUGGAGGACUCAUCGGAUUCGCAGAAGUGGCAGCAGCAUCUUGCUCUUCUCCGAGAGCAGUAUGUGAACCUCUACAAUAAUUACACAGAGUUGCAGCAGAAGUAUGCGUUGGCUACUGCUGAGAAAGAGGACCAUGGGUUUGUUGGAAGGCUGCUGUCUCAGAUAUCAGCACUGUAUGAGGAACAGCGCUACAGUGAUGUAACAGUGGUGUUGAGAGACAGAAGUAUUCCAGUUCAUAAAUUUGUGAUUGCAGCGCGAAGCGACACAUGGAGCUCGCUGCCAGAAAAAGCAGUGUUAGACUGGAAGAAUUUAGAUGGAAAUGUAGGUUCUGUUUUAUUGAAAUGGAUUUAUACAGAUAUAGUGAGCCAGGAUCAGUUGACGCUUGAACUGAUGAAAGCAGCAUCUGGUUUUGGAUUAACUGAAUUAGUUGAUAGAUGUGAAAAAUAUUUAAUAGGAAGUGUUAAGUUGCAAGACUGUGUGCGGUUGUACACAAUCGCAGAAGAGCUAGGAACAAAAAAGCUGAGAGACCACUGUAGUUCUUUGAUUUCUUGUCACUGGGAUGACCUCAGUGGAGAGGACUUCAAAGAAAUGCCGGGACCGUUGUUGUAUCAGUUGUUGAAAACGAAGAGCGAAUACCCGUUACAUUCCGCAGUCCGUUUGCAGCGCGAAGACGUAGUAUUUUUAUAUUUGGUCGAACAUAAUGCUGAGCUUCCCGAAGCAGUGAAUGCACUGGACCAGCGUGGCGAGACGGCUCUGGAGGUAGCCCUGAAGUCCCGUCAGCCAUCUCUGGCCCGGACCCUCGUCGAGCACCGAGCAGACCUGUGCGCCAAGGACGCCCGGGGUCUGACUCUCCUGCAUUCGGCCAUCCUCAAGGCUGACUCUUACGCCGCCGAGUUCAUCGUCGAGCAGCUGGAGAACAACGGCGGCAAGGUCCUCGAUCAACCCAACGAAGCCGAUGGCAAGACAGCUCUGCACCUCCUGGCCGCCCAUACCUCGCAGGAUAUGCUGGCUGUUGCCGGACGACUGCUCAAGGCCGGCUUGGAACCCAACGCUCAGAGCCACGAUGGAUGGAGUCCACUUCACUGCUGCAUAUCCCAGCGAAACGAGGCACUACUGGAACUGCUGCUCGACUCGGACAGCAUCGACGUCGACUUGCGCACAAAGGAUGGCGACACCGCCCUCUGCAUGGCUCUGCUGCUCGCCGAGCCGAGCUUCGAGAGCGGCGCGGCAAAGCUUCUGGCUCGCGGAGCAGCACCCAAUCCGAGGUAUCCCGGAGACGAGGCCGAUACCCUGAUGCACAGGCUGGCCAGGGAGCUGCACGAGGACGCAGCGCUGUUUUUGCUGGAGCCCUGCGACGCCGAUCAAAUCAAAGCCUCGAAAACGAACAAAAAAUGGCGCGCCGAAGCCGAUACCCUGGAGUCGAGGAACCGCGAAGGCUGGACCGUUCUGCACGAGGCUGCCCGCUCGGGACUGCCUCGUCUCUGCCGCCGACUCCUGGAACGCUCGCCGAGUCUUCUGGCUAGUCGUACGCUCUCCGGAGACACGGCUCUUCAUCUGGCGGUGGCUCACGGACGUCUCGAGGCUCUGCGAUCGCUCCUCGAUGCCGCGCCGGACAACGAGAAACGCGACCUGCUGACGACCAAGAACAAGGACGCCGACAGUCCUCUGAGUUUGGCGCUCGGAGCUGUGCCGAAAGACAAAGAAGUGCUGGCUGCGCUUAUUCAGGCUGGUGCCGAUCUCGAGCAGAGAAACGAAGCUGGGCAUACCGCUCUGCACCAGGCCAUACUCAAGGAGGACUCGGCUAGUGCGAUUUUCUUGCUGGAGCAUGGUGCUGAUAUAAAUGCUAGGAGCCUGAGUGGCGAAACAGCGCUUCAGCUAAGCGUACACUGUCGUCUCGGUGACGUGGUGGAAGCUCUCUGUCGUCGCGGUGCUGAUACCUCGGUUGGCUGUCCUCUUUGGGAUGCCUUGGAGUCGGAGCAAGAGGACGUGGCCUCGAGCCUCGUGGCUCACGGAGCCGAUCCGGAUUGCUGGUCACCGGGACCCGAUGGCUGUCAGCAGACUCUCCUGCACAAGGCCAUCGACGAGAACCGCGAGGACGUCGCGCAGUUCUUGGUGCGUAGCGGCUGCGAUCUCAAUUCGCCCAGAAGACCUGGACCCAACGGGGCUGGAGGUGACGAGGCGAAAGAUGAAUGCACACCGCUGCAUCUGUGCUGUCAGUGGGGUCUUGAGCAGGUUGUGCAGACUCUGAUCGAGCAUGGCGCGAACGUUAACGCUCGCGACGCCGAGGGCAAGACCCCCGUUCACAUAGCUAUUCAAAAUCAGCACGCUCAGAUAAUCUCACUGCUACUCUGCCAUCCCAACAUCAACUUGUCGAUCAGGGACAAGAAGGGCCAAAGUCCGUUCGCCACUGCACUGGCUGUCAGGAACAAUAAGGCAGCCCAGGCUAUCCUCGAUAGGCUACCUUCCGCUGCCGAACAAUUUGACAACAAGGGCAGGAACUUCCUGCACACUGCCAUACAGAAAAACGACAUGGAGAGCAUAUUGUUCUUGCUGUCGAUACAGGUGGAUGUAAAUUCAAGGGUGCAAGACGUAACGCAAACGCCCCCUUUGCAUCUAGCUGCCAUAAACGGCAACGAGAUGCUGGUUCGCAGUUUGAUAUUGGCCGGUGCGCGAGUCAACGACACGGACGCUCACAGGAAUACAGCUUUGCACGCAGCCGCAAAGGCCGGUCACGCUACCGUCGUUUCUGCUCUUCUUCAGAAUUCGAUAAACUUUGACGCUGUGAACGCGGACGGUGAUAAUGCCCUGCACGUUGCCGUAAGGGAAGGUCAUGUAACGGUGGUGCGAACUUUGCUGACUGAGUGUACGCUGGACGCUGAGGCCGUCAAUCUCAAGGGCCGAAAUCCGCUACACGAACUCGCAAGAUACGGACGCGAUAAUGCGGCCACAAUCUGCGAGCUCUUCUUCGAAUGUAUGGCUCAGUAUCCCCUGAACAAUGCAGAUCUCGACGGAAAUACUCCGCUUCUGAUCGCUUACAUGAAGGGGAAUGGCAAUCUGUGUCGAACUCUCGUCAAAUCUGGUGCGUGCCUUGGAUCUAUGAACAAAGACGGUAUAACGAUAUUUAAUUAUCAGGUGGCGACAAAGCAGUUGCUCUACAGAUUACUAGAGUCGCUUACGCAAGAGGCCCCGUGGGCCGACAAAGACCUUUGCUUGGAGUGUGGCACAAAGUUUUCGCUGACAAUGAGAAAACACCAUUGCCGUCACUGUGGAAGAAUUCUGUGCAGUAAGUGCUCAGGUCAGGACGUGCCCAUUCUGAAAUUUGGACUGAACAAACCAGUGAGAGUAUGCGCCGUCUGUUUUGACGUGCUUCAAAUCGGUGCUGAGUGAAGCUAGAUAUUCAAUGCAACACAUGUCAUUCCAAAGUUUAUCUUCUCUGUUAAUUAUUGAAUCAUUUAUUUACUAAUAAUUAUGUAUGCCACAUAAUAAUGUAUGUCCAUUAAAAUUCUCUACGGUUAUUAAAAACACUGUUUGAUAUUAA